AUGCCCAAGAGGAAAUAUGGCAGGUCUUAUUCGCUCGAUAAUGCGGAUACCGACAGCAACAAAGUGUUGAUAGUGCCGACUGGCCCAAGCGCCGCCAACGCAGUCCCGGAUUUCUCCGUUCGGAAGGCUCAUGCUUGUGAUAGAUGCCGACUGAAGAAGAUCAAGUGCGACGGUUUGAAGCCGAACUGUUCAAAUUGUGGCAAGAUCGACUUCCCUUGCAAAACUUCGGACAAGCUGUCCAGAAGAGGCCUCCCAAAGGGCUAUACGGAAUUGCUAGAAAAGGAAAUUGUGCGAUUGACGAAUUUGAAUGCGAACGCGACUGCGACUGCAAACACGGGUGCAAACACGAAUGCGAAUACUACUGCCAACGCGAAUACUAAUCUUCCAUUCAUCAACGAUACGUUUUACUGUUUUAACAACUACAAUACUCAGUCUGGCAACCAAAGGUUUUUGGGUCAUUUGACUUGGAACAUCCUCACUGAGACGUUUCCAAACUCGAAAUCAAUGACGUUCACAAAUGAUCGCGACCAAAGCGGCUUACAGUUACAAUUCUUGACGGAUCUUUUGAAUUUGAAUGCGGAUUUUAAUCAUUUGCCAAAUUUCCUUCUACUCAAGUAUAAUUAUAAUCUGCAAUUUCUGAAAAAUUUACUAUCCGUAAUCAUUAAAGACUUCUUCAAAAGACAAAACUCUCUGUUGCCACUAUUGUACCCUUCAAACUUAUGGAAGAACUCACUUUUGGACAAAAUUAAUUCGGCAGCAACAGACGAUCCAAUAACUUUACUGACUUUGAUUUAUAUCAUUCAGUUUACCUGGUCUUGUUUUGAUGAUUUCAAACUCUUCAAAAGCACCAAACUAAUCUUAUCUUUAACAACCAACAGCACAUCAGAUUUGAAAGUUUUGCAAUUGGUGAACUUGUCCGUUUUUUAUUUUAUGGGCGGCUCUAUUGACAUUGGUAAAAACAAAGGCUUGGCAACAUCAAACUCAAAUUUGGACGCCAUAAUAUGGGCCAGUGAUUUACUGAAUUUAAAUUUCACCAAUAUUUUAAAUAUGGGACUGUAUAUAAAUCCAAAAAAACUGAUUUCCAUUCCAAACAACACCAACGAUAAUAAAUCAAACGAAGAAGAAGAUAAAAUAGUAGCAUUUUGGUGCUUCCAAUUUUUGAACUCUUGGUGGUCUUUGAUUCAAGGUUUGCCGAAGUCAAAUUUUUUAAUUGAAGAAUUCCAACCAAAAUCAGUUUCAGUACUAAAAAUUCCCAAAUUGAAACCAUUUGAAAUUUUAUUAAACUUUAUUGUAAAUUCUUUGGAUGGAUGUAAUUUAUUAAAAAUCUCUUCGUUGGGCGUUUCAGAUCUUAGUUUCCAAUUUUUCCAAAAUGAAUUAGACAAUUUCAAAAAGGAUUUGUUAUUUUGGAAUCUUUAUCAUAAUUUAAGCGAUCAUGAAAACUUUAAUUUUUUAACUGCAAAGUCGAACGCCAAGCCAACAAUGAAUUCGUUAUUCAAGAAUUUAUCAAACUUGAAUCAUAAGCUUAACCAACCUGAUUUCGUGGAAAUUCAACUAACUUUGUUCUACCUGAGUCUCAAGCUAAUAACGUCAAAAAAAAACGAUCAAGACUUGAAUAAAGAGGAUGUUUCACUAGAAAUUUUGACCCUGUAUUUUUUAAUUUUGACGGAUAACUCUAAUAACGAUGACGACCAACAACUACAACCACAGCAAUUAAAUCUUUACCAUUUUACGCCUUUCAAUAGUAUUGAUAUCAUUAACUUGUGUUUAAAUAAUCUAAACAGCUGGUCAAUAUCUUAUAAAUACAAACAAGACCAAAAUCAUCUAGAGUCAAAUAAAUCGAAGUUUGAGAGCUUCCAAACUUUUCUGAACCAUUGGUGUUUAGUAUGGUAUUAUGAUGAACUUUCUACUAACUCUUUUCUACAAGUCCUUAAAAUAAAUUUUGGUUUAUUAAAUUUCGAAAUAAUCAACUCCCCACAAGAAACAGAACAACAACAAGAAACAGAACAACAACAACAACAGUUACACAUAAGUCUAAACAAGUUGAGAUAUUUGAAUUCAGUAAUGAACUUUAACUUAAAUACAGCAAAGUCAAACGGUACAUCAAAGGUCAACACUCAACUUAAUCUUUUACAAAAUUCAAACACAAACUCUAGUUCUAACUUUCUUAAAGCAUCUCCAUACGACUUUAAUAAGAUUUUUAUGAGUAAUUUUGAAAACUAUGAUUACGAAACAGAUGAAGGUUAUGCUGAAGACGACGAUGAGGAGGACAGCGAUAGCGAUAACAGUUUACCCUUGGAGAUCCCAUUCAAUAAGAAUAAAACCAAGUACAGUAAUAAAAACAAAGAAAUACCGCAAAGAUUGUCUUUAUUUCAAAACAAAAACAACAAUUCUGUAAACUUCAAUCCAAGCCCGAUUUCAGAUCCAAAUCUAAAUCUAAAUCCUCAUUCGCCAUCGACUCCGACGACAAGGAAAAAACUUCUAGACCAUAUUAUAUUAGAAAACAGAGAAAUUCUCAACAGUGAUGGCUCCAGCAAACAAAAAUUCAAAAUCCAGAAUAUCCUAAACUCAUCCUUCUAG